GUGACGAAGAGCCUCAUGAGCUCGUACUAUCAUUCCUUCGAAAACAUGUCCCUCCUCGACUCCGCCUCCGAAGGCAGCAAGGCGGGACUACUCGAGGCCCUCCGCUCGGGCGCCGACGUCAACGUUGUGGACUCCUCGGGCCGGACAUCCCUCACAUGCGCCCUCACCGCCGACAGGUGGAAUGCCGUUGACGCGUCCGACGCGUCGUUCAUGUCCGAGGAACGCCUCGCCACCAUUCGGCACAUCGUAUCUCACCCCGACAUCACCCUCUAUUCGCUCAAUGCGCCGCAGGACUCGAUCGCAGGUGUUUCACCCCUCGGCAUGGCUGCCUGGCUGAAGCUCGCAGAAGCUGUCGCCGUGCUUCUCGAGUACAGUAAUGGCCUGGUCUCAGUGGAUGGCUCAGACGCUGACGGCGCCACUCCUCUCAUGUAUGCUGCCCGGGAUGGGACUGUGGAGGUGGUCCAGCUUCUGCUCGCACAUGGUGCAUGUCCAGACGCGCGGGACCUGUUCCACCGGUCACCGGUGCAGUUCGCCCUGUCUCAUCCUCACGUCCUGUCACAGCUUGAAGAAUCGCUCCGAUACCGUCGGUGGUCAGAAACCGAGUCAAAUAACCGCAGGCAACUAAUCCAGCCCGCCGGUGUACCUCAAGAUUACUUUUCGUAUCCUCCCUCGCUGGGCUCCUGGCAUCAAAACUCUUCUGUAUCAGACGCAAACUCACCUAUAACAGAUUCACUUGUACAAGCUGUGCUCGUCUCGGACCUCCCUACUCUCUAUUCACUGUUGUUUCCCUCAUACGCCUUGGAUGAUUUCAUGUCUUUGUCUCACUACCCUCUUGUAAACGAUCGCGACAUCGAAGGAUGGAGUCCUGUACACUAUUGCGCAUCCGUGCAUCAGCCCUCUGUGGAAGUUCUGGACGCUCUGUAUCGCGCUGGCGCGGACAUCAGUCUCUUCACAUUUAAAGAACAGUAUACACCCUUGCAUUGCCUCGCACGAUUCUCGCGAGUUGUAGAUCAUCCGGAAUCGGCCCCUUCCUUGUACGAAUUCGCUGUACACCUUAUUCGGGACCUGGAUGCACCCUUGUCGGCCCAGGAUUCGAACGAAGAAACUUGCAUCCACAUCGCCGCGGAGCACGGCGAAUGUGCAGAUGUCUUGAUUGCCUUUCUUGACUGCGACACUGGCGGACAUGUGCAAAGUGCUCGCAACUCGCGGGGACUCACCCCGUUCGAGGUUGCCAAGCCAUGCUUUCGCUCAUACUUUAAAACCGAAAGUGCCUUGGUCCGGCCCCAGUCCGCUCUCUCCGACCGCACCAUUCGUCCGUCACAGCCAGCCAUGCGCACUCGCACACUUUCGUCUUUAGCAAGCUGGGUUGGCCAAUCCGGUCGUCAAACGCCGCAGUCCAUUUACCGUCCUUACAAGGAGAUCGACGUCCUUGAAGCCUCCAAUCGCGUGUUGAAUGAUAUUGAUUACGUUACCGCCGAAAUUCCAUAUGCCCACGGAACCGGCCUCGACGUUCUUCAGCGCGCGCUUGAAGACGUCGGCAGAGUCGGCAAGGACCUCAUUGCUGCGUACCGCCGUCAAGGUGAUGAGGCGACCCAGAGCGUGCGCGAGCUGCGUCAGAACCUCAACGAGGUCGAUCAGCUCUGGGAGAAGACGUCGCACGACAUUGACCAGCUCGAGGACCUCAACCGCAGCGGCUUGGUCUCGCUCAUGGCACGCAAGCGCCUGCAUCGUGGCUCAGAAGACUCACAAAUCACGGCCGUAGGUAGCGAGGUCGACGUCAAGGACGGAUCGUUCGUGGACUACUUGGAGGAGCCGUCGUACCAAGAAGCCUCCGUCGCCACUGAGAUCUUCCGCCAAGCUGCCAUCGAGACCACCGACCAGCAUACAGGCGCCCGCGUUGUCCCAUGGCCAGAGUGGCUGGACUCCUUCAUUCUCAGCGCCGACUCUUCGACCUACCAGACCCACCUCGCCAACCUCAUCGAGAUCGAGAAGGAGCUGAUCGCCCGCGACGCCGCUCCGAACGUGGACAAGGCCCUCCCAAAAGAGCCCCGUCUAAAGGGCAUACUCUCAAAUCGUCGUUCGCGUUACGAGAAGGCGGAGAAGAGUGGCGUGUCCAAGCUCAAGACAUGGCUUAAAAAGAAGAUCGUCUCGAACAAGCCAUUCAGCCUUGAGAUCGUGUACGACCUCGACGACGACUGCGCCGUCGGUACCGAUGUCAAGCAGCCGGCAAUACCUAUUACUCUAGACAUCCGCGAGCCGCGGUCCCCAACUAUUGCAGAGAGCGGCGAGAACCCGGGACUGGGCCCCGUUCUGGCUGCCGUCGGGCGCGAUCUCAGCCGUAUCGACGACUGCCUGCGAAAGGUGGACAACCUUAUCCUUAUCGUUUCCAACUCUGCGUCCCGCGCCGAGCGAAUCAUAAACCGCACUCUCAAGGCGCAAGGAGCCGAGGUCGAACGUCGCCGGGCCGAAAACGUCCAGAACGGCGUGGUGCUCAACGACAUCUUCGCGUUCUCCACCGACAUGAUUGAUUCGCCGCAGUUCCCCGACUACACCGGCAGCAACAGCGGGAGCAGCAGCCCUGCAUCGUCGUCGCCCUCGAGCACGCUGUGCUCUCCGCUCGCGUCGGCGGCCUCGUCCGUCGUCUCGUUGCCAGCUUCCCAAAACGAGGCAGAGGACGUCCGCGCGCUCCGUCACCUGUUACGGCGCAAGCUCAACGCGGCCGCGGCCAACGCCGAGAGCGAGAUUUCGCGCGCCAAUGUCUGGCUGACCGUCCUGAAAGAGACCCUCCGCGAGGUGAAAAACCGGACCAUUGUUUGAUUGAUAAAAUUGUUGUGCCUGUUUUUGUUGUUGAACUUUUAGCUGUUGUUGUUGUUGUUGCUGCUGCUGUUCUGCUGUCUGUUGUGCUUGGGCUUUCGAUCGUUUGUUCGUAUAUUAUUGUAUAUCUAUGUACAUAAGUAGAGUGUAUCGUUUAGCCUAUCCCUUGUCGUAUUGCAUAGAACUGCAUUUUGCAUUACCACCCUCACGUGUACCCG